GCUUUUGAUAUAUAAACAGACACUUUGAGUAAUUUGUAGCAGUAGCUUAGUACGUAAAUUAAUAGUGGGAAAGUGAUCCGUGUUAUGAGUACAUCAUUUUCAAUAGUCGAGGAAUAAUACAAAAGGUAGAUCUUGGAGAAUUUAUUUGUUCAGUUCUCUGCAUUUCAAAAGAAGAAGAGAUCAUUUAAGAAAUGGAGUUUGAUACAAGUCCCAUUAAUCGAUGUUCCAAAGAGCAUGAGAAGAUCUAUCAAGAAUGGUUCAAUUUCGCGGAUUCAGAUGGAGAUGGACGUCUCACUGGAGGAGAUGCCACAAAGUUCUUUGCCAUGUCCAAUUUGCCUCGUCCUGAGCUCAAGCAGGUACCUGCUACCUCUCACCAACAACCUGCAAGUAUCGUGUAACUUUGUCAAGGUGUGGGCAAUUGCAGAUUCCAAGCGACAAGGUUUUCUCAGUUUUAUAGAAUUUGUUAUUGCAAUGCAGUUGGUCUCUCUGGCGCAAGCUGGCCAUGCAGUAACCAAUGAUCUUUUAAAUGCUGAUGUUGAUUUUGAAAAUUUGCUACCCCCUGCAAUGGAAGGUCUGGAUGUCUUUCUUGCUCAGAAGAAGAAGCCCAUGCCUAAAAGCGAACCUGAUCAGAAUGGCAGUGCUCCUGUCCCGUCUGCACCAGCAACUAGUUGGUUUUCAUCAUCAAAAUCUGCAAAGAAGGUCUCUUUAACCUCUGUCACAUCAAUAGUUGAUGGACUGAAGAAGUUGUACAUCCAAAAGCUAAAGCCGCUAGAAGUCGCAUAUCACUUUAAUGAUUUUGUCUCUCCAUUGUUGGCGAAUAGUGAUUUUGAUGCCAAGCCGAUGGUCAUGCUUUUGGGUCAAUACUCCACAGGCAAAACCACAUUCAUUAAACAUUUACUCAAAACCAGUUAUCCAGGUGCUCACAUUGGUCCGGAGCCUACAACAGAUAGAUUUGUGGUUGUCAUGAACGGGCCGGAUGAAAGAAGUAUUCCAGGAAAUACAAUUGCUGUUCAAGCAGAUAUGCCAUUUAGCGGUCUGACAACUUUCGGAACUGCAUUUUUGUCAAAGUUUGAGUGUUCUCAAAUGCCGCAUCCUUUGUUGGAGCAUAUUACUCUGGUGGAUACUCCUGGAGUUUUAUCUGGGGAAAAGCAGAGAACACAAAGGAGCUAUGACUUUACUGGUGUGACGUCCUGGUUUGCUGCCAAGUGCGAUCUCAUCCUUCUUUUGUUUGAUCCCCACAAGCUUGAUAUAAGCGAUGAGUUCAAACGUGUGAUUGCUUCUCUUCGAGGCCAUGAUGAUAAGAUACGUGUGGUUUUGAACAAGGCUGACCAAGUUGAUACUCAACAACUUAUGAGGGUUUAUGGAGCAUUGAUGUGGUCUUUGGGGAAAGUUCUAAAUACUCCUGAAGUUGCUCGCGUCUACAUAGGAUCAUUUAAUGACAAACCAAUGAAUGAAGCUGCUACAGGACCACUUGGGAAAGAACUUUUUGAAAAGGAACAAGAUGAUCUCCUUACAGACUUGAAAAACAUACCAAAGAAGGCUUGUGAUCGUCGCAUCAAUGAAUUUGUAAAACGUGCUAGAGCUGCGAAGAUACAUGCAUACAUAAUAGGUCAUCUCAGAAAGGAGAUGCCUGCUAUGAUAGGCAAAGCCAAGACACAGCAGAGACUCAUUGAUGAAUUGGAAAAUGAAUUUGGAAAGGUUCAAAGGGAAUUCCAUCUGCCUGCCGGGGAUUUUCCAAAUGUCGAACACUUCAGGGAAGUUCUUGGUGGUUAUAGCUUUGAUAGGUUUGAGAAGUUGAAGCCCAAGAUGAUACAAGAUGUUGACGAUAUGCUUGGUUAUGACAUCCCUGAACUUCUCAAGAAUUUCAGGAAUCCUUAUGACUAACGAGGCCUAGUGCUGUUAAAGUUUGCAGUUAUAUUUGCCUGAAUUUUGUUUGUUACUAUAUAACACAUUCUCAGAAUUUUGAAUACAGGAAGAUACUUAUUUCUGUGUUA